AUGGCUUGGCAGCGAUUACUAUCUUCUCAAGAAAUUCUGAGUACCUUAGAAGAGGAAGAGGAUUUACAAGAUGCCACUCAAAUCGAUGCCGUGUACAUCCCCCCGACGGUUGACAAUCUUACAGACGAGGAAGGCCUAGAUGAUGACGCGCUAGGUGAUUUUGACAAUAUUGUGUCCACUGAUAUCGCUGGAACAUAUGAAAUACACACCGAUUUACCCUUAGAGCCUGAAAACACGCAAGGUGAGCUCGGUCCUUCAACAUCGAAGAAGCCAAGACUGUCAAAGAAGUCCCCAAAAUGUGUUCCAGACUGGAAAAAAGAACAUCCGACCUAUAUGAAUUGUCCUACAAGUGAUGAAACAGUAAUGACACAAAAUAUUGAAGAACGUGUAGGUGGAAAAACACCUUUUGAAGUAUUUUCACUAUUUUUUAGUGAUGAAAUUUGGGAACAGAUUGAAAACAUUCAUCUAUGUGAUAAUGCAGAUCUGGAUAAAAAUGAUAAAUUCGCUAAAUUGCGUCCUAUUUUCGAUGUAAUGAAUCAAAAGAAUAUGCAGUUUGGGAUAUUCUCACACAACUUGUCAAUUGACGAAGAAAUGGUGCCGUAUUUUGGACGUCAUAGUUGCAAGAUGUUCAUCAAAGGAAAGCCU